AGAUAAGUCAAAGCAGCUCUGUAUAUAUUAACGUUUGCACUUUGUGAUUUAUAGACAGUGGUUGAAUACACGUGAACGACAAACAUACGCGCAUUGACGCUCGCGUGCCGGGACCGUGCGUAAAUUUUUUUUUUUAGUGGGGUAGUAGUGCUCCCUCUGAAUUGGAGUUGGGUUUCUCUAAGGAUUUUGUUGGAUAAGCGCUUGGAUUAGAGGUAGAGUUUGGGAGUUUUUAGACUGAACCAUGGUAGAGAAAAAAAUUGACAGAUUUCCUUCGACGUUUACGAUAGACAAUUUCAGCUCAACCACUACAUUGACACCAAAUGACAUCAAAAUACCGAUUGGAAGAAAGGAGACAAUUAACGAAAAACAAUAUGACCCUUAUGAACACAGGACAUUGGAGCAUCCAAACACCUUUUCUGGUGCUCUUAUACAUAUCCUCAAAAGUUCUAUGGGAACUGGUAUACUGGCAAUUCCUAUGGCAUUCAAGUAUGCUGGACUCGUAACUGGAUUCAUAGGAACCAUGCUGGUUGGAUUAUUGUGUACUCAUACUAUUCACAUAUUGGUUGUGGCAUCUCAAAAGAUGUGCAUAGCCGAGAAGAGGCCUUCGAUGGGAUUCUCGGAAACGGCACACGCCGUAUUCAAAUAUGGACCGAAACCCCUAAGGCCAUUGGCAAUUUUCGCAAGAUUGUUCGUUGACAUAGGCCUGAUUCUAACAUAUUUCUUCGGAAAUGCAGUUUAUGUUGUGUUUAUUGGAGAUUCACUGUCACAGAUCAUGAGCCAUUACUGCCCUGAACUGAAACUCGGUUCUAAAACCUUCAUGCUGGCCCUGAUGGUAUUCCUGCUCUUCGCCUGCCAAAUACGACCCCUCAAAUUCCUCGUACCCUUUUCUGCUAUCGCCAACAUAUCGAUGAUGGUAUGUUUCGGAAUCACCUUCUACUACAUGAUAGAUAGGAUCAGCGACCCCGAAGGAGAAGUAGGCAAAGCAGCCCUGUCCAAGGGUAUAUCUGGACUGCCGAAGUUCAUGGUGACUGUUAUAUUCGCGAUGGAGGGUAUUGGUACCAUAUUGCCCGUUGAGAACUCUAUGGUCAAGUCGAACUUCAUCGGGUGUCCGGGUGUGUUGAACACCGCAAUGGUGAUUAUAGUGUUCCUGUUUGGAUCCGUUGGGUUCUUCGGUUAUUACGUCUUCGGGGAGGAUACUAAAGCCAGUGUUACGUACAAUCUAAAUGACGAUGACUUGGCGAUGGUUGCCAUAGGAUGCAUAAGCCUCGCCGUAUCCUUAACAUUCAUGCUGCAGUUCUACGUGCCCAUGGAAAUAUCCUGGAGAUACGUGCAUCCUCACAUCCCAACCAAGUAUCACAACAUGGUGCAGAUCGUCUGGAGGCUGAUCGCGGUGAUCUUCAUAACGCUAAUCGCCAUCGUAGUGCCAGACCUUGGCACCAUCAUUGAUCUGGUGGGCGCGUUAUUCUUGGCCACCCUUGGACUUUUCGUACCGGCCGUUCUGGACCUAGUGGUGAACUGGGAGGAUGGACUGGGUUUUUGCCGGUGGAAAUUGUACAAGAAUGUGUUGGUGAUGUUGAUUUCUAUCUUUGCCACAGUGUCCGGUACUUAUUUCGCUAUCGGCAGCUUGCUUGAGUGAAUGAACGCUGCAGUGUCAGAAGAGAGAAAAGAAAUAAGUGAAAGACACACGCUAAUGACGUACCAUCGAUCAGAAUUGAAAUUGAGACAUGUUUUUCAAGAAUUCAAUGAAUGCUCAUAGAAUUCGAAGGGAAAGAUCACAAACAGUUUUAAUGAUGAACAAAAUUUUAUACGAAUGUGAUAUUUCCUUUGAUUAUUGAAUGAAAAGAUUGGGAAAUACAGAAAUUUUAGAGGAAUGGUGAUUAUUUCCAGUUUUUUGUGACUUUGGAGAGAGCAACUAUGAGAUAUCACAAUAUUUUAACGAACACACAAGCGUGUUUCCUUUACUGAAUAUUUUUCUGUUUGUAUUGAGCGAAAAUUAGACUUUCAGAUCGAUAGACAGGAGUCUAUAUUCAAUAUCGAAGAAGUAUUUUAUGAAUUUUUUCUUUGAAUCAUCGAAGCAUUGUGUUAAUGAUUUUCUUAAUUCUAUGGACUACUAAUAAAAUUCAAAAUAUUUAACAUCAACCUUUGAGUGAUACCUAAACGACUUCAUAUAUUUUAAUUUUUUAUCCUUUCAACAUUUAUAUUGUGAUAUAACAACAUAACCAACAACAUUAUAUUUAAGUGAAACUUUUGUCAAAUUUCCAGUUGGUCUCGUGACAUUAUUUGAAUUUUUGAAAAAUAACAGAUUGUAUAUAGAUGUACUUAAUCCAUUAUUGUAAUUUUAUCCAUCGUGUCAUUUUUGAUCAGAUCCGAAAUGUUUAUUAUUUAUAUAUUUGUAGUAUACGAGUGUCGAUUCUUUGAAGCAAACCUGUGAUCAUUUUUUUUGUAAAUAGAAAGCAGUUUUAUACGUGAAUUUAGAUUAUUGAUUGUGUGUGUAAGGAGAGGUUGAAAAUUUUCAACGAAUGUGAAUUAAAUGUUUCAAACUGCCAAA